UGCCGACUAGCAGGUAUGUACAAGGCCUUGUCGUACUCGUCCUCGCGGCACUGUGCACGUAACACGGUGUUCUUGCCAGUUUAGAGUUAUCAACCGAGUUUUCCGAGCGUCGCGUUGGUGCAAGCGAACGUUCAGCCGAUUGUUGAUCCUCGAGAAUUUCACAAUCUCAGAAUGGCCGACAAUCUUACCGAGCAGCAAGUAGCUGAAAUCCGAGAGGCAUUCAAACGUUUUGACACAAAUGGAGACAACACUAUCGACUCCAAAGAACUGGCAACGGUCAUGAAGUCGCUGGGUCACAACCCUACUGAAGCGCAGCUACAAGCCACAAUGCAAGAGGUCGAUCUUGACGGUAAUGGAAGGAUUGAAUUCUCGGAGUUUAGGAAGAUGAUGGCACGACGGAUGAGACUGAAGAGUACUGAGCAGAAGAUUCGAGACGCAUUUAAUGUAUUUGACAAGAAUGGUGACGGAUACAUCAGCGCGGAAGAACUCAAUGAAGUGAUGUUGAACCUCGGUGAGAAGUUGACUGAAGCAGAGAUCAAUGCAAUGAUUCAAGAGGUCGACACGGAUGCAGACGGGAAAGUCAACUACAACGAGUUCAUCAAGGUCCUUACAAAAUAGGCAGAAAAUAAAAAAUGCCUGAAGAACUUCCAACAACCUUCGUUUUCAUCUUCACGAGCAGGAUUACCUGGGUUUGAAGUCACCUCCUCGUGCCUCAGCUAAACAGAAAGUAAAGUUUUGUUUUACAAAGUAAAAGCAACUGAGAGCUCAUAGCAAAUUGAUAGCAAAAUAAAGCUGCCGCGUGGUGUAUUUAGAUUGUGUUCAAUAAAGAUUUUUCCCAUGAGCCUCUUGGGUACAUCUUUGAUGUUGGGCAGCUUCCCAAACAAGGAGUGUCUACGAGUUUCAGUUACAGAAUAAUGGUAAAGUCGGUAGCCGUAUUAGCACAUAAGACCCGAUUUGGACACGUCGUCAUCGAACAGCAAAUGAUUUGUUGUAGGGUACAAAUUCAGCUGUCCUUUUUUGGCUUUUUAUCAAAUUAAUAGACUUUUGUAGUGUUUUGCAGGCCCUGGUGCGUGGGUUCUUUUGUGUUGGAUAUUGUUUAAAGGUUUCUUUUUCAUUCAAAUAGGUUUCACGGUUCAUGUACCACUAUGAAAAACUGACGAUUCC